AUGUCAAGAUUCUCUGAAAUUCUGUUGGAAAAUCUUGUAAGAGGAGUGAUGAGAAGAGCUUUUACGAGAAGUUGGAGAGAGAUAGUUGAUUUGAUCUCCAUAGAUCAAAACACUGCAAAGCAGUUCACAUUGAGCGCAUACGUUUCAAACGCCGGGAAACGCAAGGGCGCGACGGAGAGUGAUUUCAGUUUCGAUCCAAGAGCCACUUUGUCUACAUCGAACUGUCUUUUGGCCGGCUACAUGGCUCACGAGUUCCUCACGUGGGAGACCAUGUUGGGCCGAAAGCUAUAUCCUGGAUGGGCUGAAGUUGGGCCGCUAGACUCGCCGUCGCAGAAACACAGGGAAGUGAAGAAGAAGGCUGCUCACCAGAGCUACUCUAAGGUGGCGAAUGUGUUCAAAACAGAUGGGACCCACGUUCCUGGUGUGGUUAACCCGACCCAGCUUGCUAAAUGGAUCCAGAUGUGGGUAUAA